AUGGGUGAAGUAUUCGAGAAUUCCGUGUGCAACGAAGCGUUAGCCUCCAAUAGAAAGUCAAGCGCGUCUUUUACCGAUGCCACACUGCAAACAUGUCGCGAGGUCCGAAAUCUUCUCGGUGGAGAGACCCGGGUCAUCUUGGACGGUCAAUCUUUGAAUCUAAGCUCGGCGGUGGCUGUUGCUCGACAUGACUAUAAUGUUUCCAUCACUGAGAACCCGGAGGUGCACCACUUGUUGAAGAAGAGCGUAGAUCUUCUGAAUCAAAGACUCACACGAGGCGAAAUCGUGUAUGGCGUCAACACUGGUUUUGGUGGAAGUGCAGACAGUCGAACAACCAACUACAUUGCUCUGCAAAAGGCGUUGAUCCAACACCACAACGCAGCGGUCUUACUACCCAGUGACCGAGGACGCGAGAGCUCUCAACUUUCCAGUCACCAUUCCUUGAAAAGCCACAGCAUCCCUGUGCCAAUUGUCAGGGCCGCGAUGCUGGUUCGAUGCAACUCUCUGCUGCGAGGUCACUCGGCCGUUCGGUCAGAAGUGAUUGAGUACAUCUGCAUCUUUCUCCGGAACUCCAUGACCCCAGUGGUUCCUCUCAGGGGAAGUAUCUCUGCCUCAGGUGAUUUGACUCCGCUUGCAUAUAUUGCUGGAGCACUCGAGGGAAACCCAGACAUCUCAGUUCACAAGUCUGAUGGAGAUAUAAUUGGUGCUGAUCAAGCGCUCCGCGAACUUAACCUGGAGCCCCUCGAAUUUGGCCCAAAGGAAGGUCUAGGGCUGCUGAAUGGGACGGCAUUCAGCUGUGGAGCGGCAAGCUUAGUCCUUUAUGAUGCCAGUCAGCUAGUCCUUCUAUCCCAGCUCCUGACAGCCAUGGGUACCGAAGCGAUGAUGGGCAUGGUCUGUAAUUAUCAUCCGUUCAUUGCAGCGACUCGUCCUCAUGACGGGCAAGUUGAGGCUGCGGAAAAUAUCUACAAUUUCCUGCUGGACUCCAAGCUGGCCACCCCAGCUGGCCCUGGACACGACGGUCUCGCCCAGGAUCGAUACGCUCUGCGAACUUCCACACAAUGGAUUGGCCCCCAAACUGAAAACAUGGCUUUGGCCCUCCAGCAGGUUCGGGUUGAACUUAAUUCGACAACGGACAAUCCUCUCAUCAAUCUGGACGAUGGCAAUAUCUAUCAUGGUGGCAAUUUCCAAGCCGCAGCGAUCACUUCCUCCAUGGAGAAGACCAUGAGCGUGAUGCAAAUGAUCGGCAAAAUGAUUUUCUCCCAAUGCUCUGAGCUAUUGAACCCUACUUUGAGUAACGGUCUCCCUCCAAAUUUGUGCAUGGAUGACCCAAGUCUUUCCUUUGCAUUCAAGGGCAUUGAUAUCAACAUGGCUUCGUACACUUCGGAGCUCGGAUAUCUGAACCAUCCUAUCAGCAAUCACGUUCAGUCAGCGGAAAUGCACAAUCAGGCCAUCAAUUCACUUGCCUUCAUUGGCUGUCGUUAUGCUGGCGAUGCCGUCGAAGUUUUGUCACUUAUGACGGCAACCUACUUGUACGUUCUGUGCCAAGCUGUGGAUCUCCGCGUGCUUCAUGCCGAAUUCGUCAAAACUGUACGCCGCAAGAUCGACGAAGCCACGGCGAGUACUUUCUCUGUCGCCCCUGCUCGUCUUGAGACGAUCCAAAUGACAAUCUGGGAGGAUCUCAUGCACCACUGGCGUCGGUACAGCACUAGUGACCUUUGCGAUCGCAGUGUCAUGACUGCGAACGCCUCAGUGGGUGUUCUUCUCGAUCAUUUGCCGGCAGACGCCGGUAUCCCGCAGGAAGGUGUCGCUCGGCAAUGGAAGAGUAGCGUCUCGACUGCCCUUCAGCAAUGCUAUGAAGCCGCUCGGAUCGAGUUCCUUGCUAGUCCCACGACAAAGUCAUACCUCUGCACAACGUCUCAGAAACUGUAUAAGUUUGUCCGGGAAGAUCUGAAAGUGCCUCCUCACACCGGCAUUGACGCUCACCCAACAACCAACAGAGUGAAUUCCGAAGGAAAAGAAUGUAUUGGCUCGCAAGUGAGCAAGGUUUACACAGCGCUGCGUGAAGAGAAAUUUCGGGAUCUUUUACUCAGCUGCUGGUAG